AUGGCGGCAUCUCUGUUCACAUACUCCUCAACCUCUCGAAGAGUCAUUCCUGCCCCAAACUCUCCUCCACUUCCAAUUCACAUCAAGGCAACCAAUGUCGUCUUCAACCCUGACAUUCCAGAGGUUCAUCGAGGUCUUGGACUCGAUGAUUUCGUCAAUUUCUUGGCUUCUUGUCGCCUCCGAUAUGCAAUCAGUGAUGUACCGUCCGAGUUCUUCCCUGAACAAGUAUGUGAGUUUUACUAUACUGCAACAGUUAAUGAAAAAAAACAAUUCCAUCACCAGAACCAUUGGUCAUGGCAGACACUCUGUCUUCAUCACCGCAGAACUACUCAGUGCGGCUUUAAGGCUGGUACUCGAUCAGCUCUUAUUUUGCGUCAGUGCAUGACCCCAAGCUGGAAGUUUUUCACUGGUGCUUUAUGCAAGUGUAUGGGUCACAAGUCUCGCAAUGGUGAUCAAUUGAGCAAUUAUGAGCAACAAGUCGUCUGCUCCCUUCUUCUCAACAAAAGAUUAGAUUAUGGGGCACUAUUCUUUGAUCAUCUUGUUCAGCUUCUAUGUGCAAAUGUGUGUGCUGAUCAUGUUCCCUUUCCACGCUGGAUUGCCCUGGUGUUCGACAAAUUCUUCACUGCUGACUACUUUUCUCACUCUGGGAAUCCAAUCCAAUGCCCUCGAAUGUCCGUUCGUAUGUAUCAGGAUGAUCCUUUGGAUACUGACAUUGGAAUCUCCGAUAGGAUGAGAGAAUGGAUUGCCAAUCCAUACACUAUGCCUUCUCUCACCGCUGACACUGAUGAAGGAGGUGCUGAUGGUAAUCGUAUGGAUCAUGCUGAUCAAGAGGUGGAACAUCAUGAUGGCAACCAUUUCUCCUUUCAACUUUCUCAUCACCUCAUCUCGGCCACUGGCAAAGCCUCCUCAGCACCACAGGAUUCCAUACCUCUGGGGGGGCAACCAUCACAGGGGGAGCAUCAGUCUCAGGGGGAGCAUUCAUCACCAGCAGCUCACCACUUCUCUCCAAGGAUGCAACCUAGCUCUCCAGUUGUCCCAGGUACCUCAAUAGUUCAAAUUCCCGCUUCAGCAUUUUCUGAACUGAUGUCACUGACUCAGGACAUGAGUCAGCGUCUGCUUCGUAUUGAGGCUGAUGUUCAACAAAUCAAGGAGGUUCUCUUACUUACUCCUCCCCCUAGUCCCAAAUCUAAUGAUGUUCAAAAAGGGGGAGAUACUGAUGAUGAUGUUGAUGCUGAUGAUCAUGCUGAUGGUGAACCAAAUGCUCAUGCUGAUGGUGAACCAAAUGAGAAAGACACAGAACCUGCUGACAACACUAUCUUUCAGCAUGAAUCAUCCAACCCCAUUCCUGAAUCUGAUUCUGCGGGGCAUAAUAGUCCAGCAGCUACUGAAAAAUUAUUUGAAGACAGUGAGCAUGAUGAAGAGCAUGAUGAACCUGAUGAUGAAUGUCAAAUUCUUGACAUGAACUUCAUUGAUCCUCUCAUUCCAGUUCAGCAAGAAAGCUUAGAUGACCUUGAAGAAUCUCAUCCGAUAUUAGCCGAUCCUUGUGCUGAUCCCAUCAUUCCGAUCCAAGGAGAGGAUUCGGACAUUGCCAAGGCUGCCAAGAAGAAGGAAAAAUCGAGUUGUAGCCACCUUGCUUGCCACCACCCACCACCCACUGCCACCACCUUUAAAACUCGUUUUCUGGCAAGAAUACUGUUGAGGGACCACUACGGAGAGCUUCCUUCACCCCAUCCCUCUUUCCUUUCAUCUUCAAUAGGAAGUAGCAGAAACUGGAAGUAG